GGAUUGAGCCUCAGGUCAAGGGGACAACAUGGAGUUGGAAAGGGACACGGAUGACUUCCUGAUGUAUUUCAUUCUAAUGGAGAAGGUCCCAGUGGGCAACAGGACACAGGAGCCAGGCAAACUGUGCUAUAUGAGCGAAGAGUCAUAUCUCCAGCGGGUGUCCGUAGACCACAACCCCACGCAGUCCCUCGAUGUCCACUUCAUAGAGGACAGCAAACUGGUGGAGGUGGACGUGAACGUCCUGCAACCCCUGACGAGGAAACAGGCCGCCCUCCUGCUGGCCAUCACCAAUCCCACUGAGCGGCUCAGUUGCUUCCUGGAGAGGGGCCUGCUGGAUCAGGCUGUCAAGGCAGAGGUGGGCCAGCGGGUUCUGGUGGAGCAUGAGCAGAAGCUGUACCCGGCCUUUAUACACUAUGUGGGCAACGUUUUGGAUAGCAGCACCCUACUGCCCCCCAUAUACUUUGGGGUGGAGCUGGAGGGGGAAGGCGAAGGCCGCGGGAAGAUCGACGGCACUAUUAAGGGGGUGACAUUCUUUAAAUGUAAGCAGAACAGCGGCCUGCUGUUACCGUUCAACAAAGUCCUAUUCUCCGGAGCCGCGCCGUCAGACAACCUGGGGUCCCCCUCAGCUCAGACCAGGACACAGAACCCCAUUAAUCAGGGGGACAAAGUUGCCUUCUUCGUGGAUGACAAGUUGAAGAGAGGACACGUCGCAUUCUGCAGCAACCUGAUGGCGGAUGGCUACGUGGAAGUCUACCCGGAGGAUAGCUCAUCAGGCAAACUAUUGAGGAUUCCCCUGGAUGCUAUUGUAAAGGAAGAGAUCACCUCAGAUGGCGGGGCCAUGUGCAAGGAGCUGAAGAGCCCCAAUGAGGGCAAACUGGAAGAAGAACUUUUUGGCAGAAACCUGGAAGUGCAUUCUCUGGUACAGAUUCAGUAUAAGGAAGGGGAACUGGCCUACGGGAUCAUCCGAUGGUUGGGGCACAUGCCACAAAUAGAGGACACCAUGGUUGGGGUGGAGCUGGAAGAAGAUAAAGGUUGCACCGAUGGCAGCUUGCAGGGAUUCCGGUAUUUUUCCUGUGCCCCAAAGCGAGGAAUUUUUGUCAAGUUGAAAGCAUGUCAGCCGGACACCCGCUUCCUGUCUAGCAAAGUCGAUGAACCAAAGAGCCUGGAGGUUGAUGGGCACGGUAGAGAUGAAGGUAACAGAGUACUUGGGAAGGUCCCCCCGCUGCAGGGAGGUGCUGCUGUGGAUAUUUUAGAGGGUGAUAUGAAAGGGAUACAGGGCCACUGCAACUCCUGCUACAUGGAUUCUGCUCUCUUCAGCCUCUUCUCCUGUAGCUCAGCGUUGGACUCUUUACUCUUCAAACCGGCGUCCCACCCUGAUGGAGAGAUCCAAAGGACCCUAAGGGAGGAGAUUGUCAACCCCCUGCGCAAGAACGGAUAUGUCUCUGCGGACAGUGUGAUGAGGCUGCGACAUCAGUUGAUGCAGGAGAGUCAGUGCCCCAGCUUCACCACCUCGGAGAAAGACCCGGAGGAGUUCCUGAACCUGAUCAUGCAGCGAAUCCUCAGAGCCGAUCCCCUGCUGAAGCUGCAGUCGAAGGUCCAGGGUGUCCAAGAGUGUUAUUGCUACCAAAUCUUCAUAGAGAAGCAGCAGGAGAUGACAGUUCCUAACGUCCAGCAGCUAUUGGAGCAGUCCUUCCACCACUCCAACCUCAAGCUGGCCGAGGUUCCAUCGUGUUUCAUCAUCCAGAUGCCGCGGUUCGGGAAGGAGUACAAGAUGUUCAGUAAAAUUGUUCCCUCCCUGGAGUUGGACAUAACAGAUCUCCUGCUCGAUAGUCCCCGGGAGUGCAUCGUGUGUGGACAGUUGGCCAGCUAUGAAUGUCCUGAUUGCUUCAUGGAUGACCUCCUCUCCCAGCACGGCCUAAAGCAAUACUGUGCCCUCUGUUCUCAGCAGGCUCACAACCAUCACAAGCGGAAGAAUCACAAACCCGUCCCCCUAAAGAUCCCGGACACCUGCCUGAAAGCGCAGGGGACAAAGAAGAUCCCUCGGGAGACUCUGGAGCUGUUCGCUGUGCUGUGCAUAGAGACCAGUCACUACGUGUCCUUUGUCAAGUACGGGGUGGAGAAGGGAAGCUGGAUGUUCUUCGACAGCAUGGCCGACCGAUAUGGUAGCGAAAAUGGCUACAACAUCCCUCGAGUCAGCCUCUGCCCAGAAGUGGCCACUUACCUGGCCUCCCCGCUGAAAGACCUCAUCAGCCAGAACCCCCGCGAGAUGAAAGGUGUCGCCAAACGCCUCUUCUGUGACGCCUAUAUGUACAUGUACCAGUCCAAGAGGAUGGCGCUCUACAAGUGAGACAAAUUGUCUCUGCUUGGUGUCCGUGAUCAGAUCCUUCUGAGAAAUUCGGAGAAGAUUUAAGACGUCUGUGUUUUGGGGAGUCCAUCGGCAGCAGACUGAUCCAG